AUGCUCACUGUGCCGCCCGUACAUCUAAGAUCCUCUUGGUUCACAGCAGCUGCCCGCCUUCAUUGUAUCACGGUCCGCCCGGCCGACCAUUCAUCCGGUCAAAUACACGCACCCCGGCCUACCCUGAAUACAGUUCGUCCCGUAUCGGGUUCGACAAGAAACAAAAUGCCGCCGUUUCCAAAGCCCAACGAAGAGCCACCUGCGCACAGGAUGGUGUACUUUCCUGACAUGACGACGGCGUUGCCGUCCGAAUCAGGAGAGUUUCGUCGUGUGCUUUGGACAGGACUGUACUCGCAGGUUGUCCUCAUGACGGUGCCGGUAGGAGGUGACAUAGGGGAAGAGGCAUGUAUUACCUCACAAUUCACACGGUGGAUCAGAUCCUCACCUUCACUUCAGGCAGAGGUCUUGCACAGGUUGGAGGAGAGGAGCGGGAUAUCAAAGCCGGGGACAUGGUCGUCGUGCCUGCGGGGACCAAGCACCAGUUUCUCAAUACUGGUCCUAACCCGCUCAUUUUGUACACCGUCUACUCGCCUGCGGAGCACAAGGCCACCACUGUGCACAAGACCAAGGAAGAAGGAGACAAGGCCGAGGAGGAGGGACGGGACGAGCCUCCUGUCUGGAGCCAGCGGAGCAAGCAGGAGAAUGAGGAGGAUCGUCCAGUGGGCUGAUGAUGUGCAGGUGUUGCAUGAAAGUGCUGAUGGUUUCGUUAGGGGCACUGUAUGUCAAACUGGAUAAGCAUGACAUUUUUAUAAGCUUUAUACACUGCUAUGAGUUUGAA